AUGUGCAUGAUAGGUACGAUUUUUCGGGAGGGUAUAAUUGCCUCCCUAACUGGCGGCUUUUUCCUUGAUCCGUCACAAGGCUACGUUGUCAGCUGUAUUCACGUGUAUUUAUGGCUUUAUUUCUUUAUCGUGCCACUUGCAAUAACAUUGGUAAUUCGUAUUUCUCGCACAAUCACCCUUUCAGAUAAAACCACUGUCUAUCAUUGCCUGGACCGUAUACUCCAUUACCGUUGUGCUUUUAAUCGGCAUAAUUCAGUAUCUUACUUACCGGUUGCACAAAACAUUUGACGAGUGUGAACCGAUCCCACAGGCUGUUGGCUUUUAUAGUGAUGUCUGCAAUGCUGAAGGGUACGUGUGACUUUGAGCCAGAUCAUUUGCCCAGAACUGAGACUUUGAAACAGCGAACGUACGAUCAAACGGGCAGUGCUCUAUCACUUGAUUCGACCUGUCAUCGUACCGCCGCCAAUGUGUACGCCUCCGUUGAAAAUAUCGAGGCACAGUGUCGUCGCAUUGGGUUGGCCGGCCAAUACUUAGCAGGUACACCUUAAACGGCACUUGCCCAUUUAAAAUUGUCUAAAGUUGUCUGAUUAAUGCGCACAAACUCGCCUAGGGAUUUAUGCUUUGCGGGAAGCCUUCUUUUAUAGGAACACCUGGACAUGAUCGACAAGUUUCAUAUAACACCACGUUUCUAAAUUUCAAUAGAAAACUUAGUACGAUUUGGUGGUACUCACUAAAUACUUUUUAAGAAUGUAUAUCUGGUCACUAGAAUUAAAAUUUUUGUCAAAUUAUUCUGGUAACCAGAAAUACACUCAACACUUAUGACUUAUAUGAGUGCAGAAUAUUUGGCGCCAGAAGUUUGAUCUGAAGGCUCUUGGACGGUUCCCAGUUAAAACGGCAAGAAAUUUAGUCAUAUGCUCUUACUAUUUGCUUUGCGAGAUGAGGUUUACCUGAAUAAAUCACAGUCAUACUGAAGAGAGCAGGUAUCUUCAUCGAUGAACUGUACAGAAUUUUCCAAUUUAAACGGUUUGCCAGGGGGUCUUCAACAUUUUCUGGGUUGGUUGCCGAAUAAAAUACAGUAGCGCAAUGCUUACGGAAUUUAAGCUGUAUAUAUCAGAAACAAUAGUGACAAAAUUGUAAUUAGUCCGAAUGUUAGCCAAGGAAACCGAGUUUUGAUGCUUGAAAUUCCACCAAAUUGCAGACUGAAAUUGCGGAUUUUAGAUUUCGGGACGUUCAUCACUCCUAUAAGGGCCGAAGUGUUUUCUUGGGUAAUAGGGCAUCUGCUGUCCUUGAUACCUUCUCCGGUUCACUGCUCGGAUUGGACGGGAAAGAGCAUUGUAUGCAUAAUAGAAUGGGAUUCGCUCGUAUAAACUGAUACAGACAUGUCCAGUAUAUACAUCCCAGGGCGUUAUUUCGAUAUUAUACUGAUGAGCGAGGAAGUCAUCUAUCUGCAAGUUCCUUUGGGAGGUUUAUUAUCUAUCCCCUUCUUCUCCUUCGUCGCUUCCGUCUGAUUGAUGACCGAUUCCACUGUUGCAAUCAUGUUGACGGGUUUGGCAUCAGUUGUAUUGAAUGAGGCUUCGUGUCGCAAAACAUGUACUUGCUCCUUCGUCUGUUCCUUUGACGACAGGUUGUGUACCAAUAUGCCGUCUCUGGAUGACUUUGGAUCAGGCAGUCAAUGGAAUUUGUUUCCCAGUGCUGCGUCGCGUGUCGCUCUCUGCUCGCGAGCUCGUUCAGUCACCUGCUGUAGCAAUUUUUUGCCCAUGAACUUGCGGCAUCUGGCCUUCUCGUGGUCAAUUCUCUGAUGGUAUUUGCGAAGCCUCGCAUGGUAAUCUUGAAGCAGCAAGCGGAUCGUACGUCUCUCGUGCUGACCUACUGCGUGUCUCGUCAGCCCCGUGUUUACCGGGGGUUUGUGUGAAACACACUUCGGCAACACGCUAUUAUCGAUACACCUGUGCAGAAACCGGAACCGCGCAUAAGCAGAGGCCUCUCGAAGGGAAAAUGUUUCCCAUCGUCGGGCCGAUCGGAGCGCGUCACGCCCUAACAAACUGCCGGUACAAGCGAAGAUGCGAGUUCAAGGAGCUAGUCGAUAAGAAGUAGAAGCGAUCGCCGGAACAAGGGCUUUAUUCGCCUGACGUGUCGGAUUCUCACUUGAACCCAUCAUCAGAGACAGUUACAGAGACGGAUUUCUGUAUUUGUAAAUGGUCAUGUGUCAGAAAUUGAAAGAAUAAAUUUUUUGGUAUCAAAUUACACACCUAAAAUUAGGCGCACCAACUUCCUUUAUGGUUGAUUCGUUCCACAGAAACUUGACCUUUGCGCGCAAAAUCACUCUUUAAACAAAGUUAUUACCCGCAGAUUGAUGUUGAAAACUGAAACAAUUGUCAUGUUCAUCAGUCAAGGAUAAUCGAUCCCAAAUCGUCGCAAAGAGGGAAAAGUGGAAGCGUAUACCUCAUUACUAGCCACGUUUUCUUGAAUGAAUGUCAGACUUUCUUGAUAUCUUGGUUCUGACACUGAAUACAGUCUUGGGAGUUUUUCACUCCGAUAUCAAAGCCAUCGGUAAUAUGGAUAAGCAAUAUAACUAUUUGCAUCUUCAGGACAUCAAGAAGUCAAAGAGCCCUUAGCAGGGAACUUUCUUUGUUUUGUGAAAAUUGUGCUCUAAAAAACCCGCAGCUUAAAUGCUUUCAGAAUUUUUAAAAUCCGUACCAGUACGAAAAAAGACCCAAAAUUCUCUGCACUAGUAUUAUUCCCGAUGAAGGGCCUCCGUAGUUAAAGCAGGGUUCUGGUGUAGUUUUUUAAACGCUCCUUGAGACUGAUGUCUUCAAACUUCCUAUAUCCUUUUUUAACUCCAUCUUUCACUUCCAUAACGUGUUUUCGUUAUUUUGACCUUAGAUUUGAUGUCUCCUCCAAACACUGCCCCGAGAGAGGUCGACUCUCCAGAAAACCCGAUUGCUGGUCCGUCCCAGCCUCGUCCGCCAACUCCGAUUCCUCCCCGACUCUUACAAACACCAACUGACCCCACUAGCCGAUCACCUUUUUCUGAAGGCUGUCGAUCUUCGACCGUGCCAUUGGUAGGCGUUCCUUUUUUAACAAUUUUCACACUUUUCUAGCCUAGACCUCGAGGUUUACGACAUCGUUUAGGCGUCCGCAUGCUUGAGAAUCGACAAGGUAUCUUAAAUGACAAGCCUCCACCCACCUUACCAGUGUCUUACCUCGACUGGAGCAACAGAAGCGAGGGCGGAAAUCUUGAGGAACAUGAUUCGCCUGGGAGAACAAACGAUAGUACUGAUGAUGCGCUCGCACUUUGCCGCAAUGAAACGGACCCAUACUCAAAUGUAGAAGAGGCGAGUUCUGUACAAACUAAGAUUCCAUCGGGACCCGAACCAAGUCAGAGUAAAAGAACCUCCGAAUUAGAUAGACCUUCUCAGGUCAUCCGACAUUCCUCGGCGCCGAGUAAGUCACAGUGCCUUUCAUGUCUUCCUACUACUACUACUACUACUACUACUACUACUACUACUACUACUACUACUACUACUACUACUACUACUACUACUACUACUACUACUACCGCUGCCACCGUCAGUAUCACUGUCAUCAUUGCCGUAAUUCGUUUAUUUAUUCUUUAGUCCGUCAUCUUUAUCUCCGUCGCGGAUUAUUAACCGCUAGUUCAUUUGCUUGGCCAAUCGACAAUAAAUACACCUCUUCUCAUUUGGAACCCUUUAUAACCCAUGUAGACUUUAGUCCCUUACACCGGUUUUCGUAUUUAAAAAUGAAUUCUACUCAUAUUAUUUUACACAAGUCCCACACAUCCUUGGCCCUCAAUACGACCUGAGAUUCUGCGGUCUGGAGCACAGCCGUUCCCUGCGCCGUUGUUUCGAAGGCCAUGUUGACUAUCAUUUCCGCUUCCCGGACGCGCUGCGUCAGUGUUCCACAAAAGUCUCCAACUCAUCAACUAUACGUCUUAUCGAUGCUCACUCAUCGGCAUCUCCUGCCACGCGUGCAGCCCUUCGCAGACAUAUCGAGAAGCUGCGUGACGAGGUCGGAAGCUUGCCGUACUUUCAGUCGGCUGAAGUAAUCGCUCCUGACGACCUCCAUGAGCACAUUCCCAAAAAGUUGGAGCCUGCAGUGAUGAAUCACCCGAGAACUGUGCGUCCCAUCCGCAGUCGAAGUACUUGCGGGGCAAGUAACGAAUAUUUUCGUGUAUGUGUUAUUGCGUAAAGUUGAUGCAGCGCAAGUUUCCUUUGCUAUAAACCGACUCACUCGCAAGUCACCACUGCGUUUUGAGUCAGUGGUAGUUCUAAUCAAUAAUGAUAUAUGAACUACCCAGGGGUUCUUUGGUGGUUCCUGUCCGACUAAUCUAACCUUAGCUCCCAAGGUACUUCGACAUGAAGGAAGACUUUGAUUUUUGCCGUUGUUACCUUUACUGUUGUUGGAUAGACAAGCAGUGUUUCAAGUCGUUGGGUUUCGGGUGGAUGUUAGGCAAGUGGGACAGGACCAGGUGUUGAGAAGGAGACUCGAUCUCCAAGUCAGGGAUCCUUUUCGCCUGACGUUGCGGUUUCACACUGGGAGCCAUCACCGGGACAACCGCAGGUAGAGGUGGCCGCUGCACAGGCGUGCAGUAUUUGUGGAGUGCAGCUGCUUGCGACCAUACACUCAUCAAAGUUGGUAGCUCUCCACUCAUCGCAGAUGUCCGCACUUGGUGCAACGACUGCCUGUCGGCCUUAAACGAACCGUUGGCUACUGCGAUUUCAUCAUAUGUGUUGGUGAUUGACAUGAUCAUUACUCAGAAAUUUGGCCCGUCAGUACUGUUACUGGAAGCUGUGUUCACUAGCGCGUUCGCCGCGUGUCUGGCUACCCUGCCAAGACAAAGUCUUAGCAUGGAAUGGAGAGUAUCGUUGUAUUUCUGAUGGAUUGCGAGUACUCGUGCACACCAAGUUUCAUGCCACCAGUGGCAAUCUUCGAGCGCAUAAUGUACAGAACAAAGCGCUGCUGUCUGAUCUUGCGCAGUUACCAACAAACUGACUCGUCGAGGACGCAGCAAUGUUACUCCGGAUGUGGAUAGUUGGGGGCGUAUCCGCAAUGGAGUGGAAUGGCGGCAACUCUGGUUCGUUCGGCGGAACUGAACUACACACAGGUUGAUGAGGCCGAAAUCCGCGUGUGAGUUGGCAAUAAUGCGAGUCGUUAGCAGCGUGAAAUAUGAUUUCCCAGCACGUAGGCGUAUGGCUGCGCAGCAGCUGCAUCCUGCAUGUACUGCGUUCCCUAUGUAUUCGCCACUCUUAGCUACUGCUAUUCGAACUUGAAUCCCAAACAUCAGGGUAACGAAAUUCCCGACUCAGCUACCGAGUCUCUUUCUGAACUGCUCACCGGAACUAGCUUUUUCACUUGUAUAUGCUUGAGAGUUGAUUUUUGGGAGACGACAAAUCGAUACAAAUGGUAGUACGAGCCGGCGUACGUUGCCGCAGCCGUUGCAUUUGCGAUGCCAAAUACCCUAUCAGUUGUACCCAAUGCCUCAGGGUUAGGCGAGUGUCUGCUCGUCCUGAGUCGGAUUAUUUUGGCUGAUGUCUCAUGGUUUCUGAAGUUAGGGUUGCGGAUGAUGAUGGCGGAAUUGGUCCUAGUAGUGCUGACUGCGUCAGUUUGGACACGAAAGUGCUCAACCAGGGCGAUUCCGACUAAUAACAUAUAUUGACAGUGAAAACUAAUGGGCAGGGGUUAGUGAAUGCACGAUAUUGCGUACAUUGUCUUUGCCGUUUUUAGAGUUGUGGUUUUUGUGAAAUCGCCCCAUAAGACCUAUGUGAACUCACAGUGUACAUUUUUUAUUAGGACUUACGAGAAAAGUGUAAACGUUGGUAGCGUUGUCUCUUGGUACGCCUUCCUGGUCUCCUGUGUCUAUUCUGCUUCGGCGACUGUUUCUCUAUUUUUUAUGCCCAUUCUCUUGGCCUGCCGACCCUGUGCUACGUCCUUCUAAGAGUUUUAGGGGAUUUCCAGACUCCGAAGUUAGGCCUUCAGGUUAUCCUUGUAUCAUGCUAUAGAUCUCCUUGUCAGUGGAGACUUGUCGCGAAGUCACAGUUUGCGCGCAAAUCGAGCAGCCACUUUAGUUUUGCGAACAUACUGGACAAGCCGGCCGAUUCCAGAACUCAGUCUUGGGGAUUCAUUCCUUUCACCUCACCUUCGAAAUCCUCUCAUUAUUUUGACAGGCUUCGGGCCGCCACACAGCCAAUACGUUUUUUUCACACGGAUGGUCUUGUAUAUCAUGUUUUUGAUGUUGAGGGGAAUGCCACGACGAUCCCGGACUGGGAAUUAGGGCGGAGGAACGCUCUUUAUAGAAAGGAUUAUCGGCCGACAUCAGUGAUAGGCCGGUCACUGUUGGUGAUCAUAGGUUUUGUGUUCCGCAGCUAGCGUUGAUUUGUGCAUGAGUACUGUUUACCCUGCAUUUGUCAUCGCUUCAGAAUUAGUGUACCCAAGUGCCGGAAGCCCCACGCCCCGUUACAUAUCCUACUGGGUUUUAGUAUUCAUUGUACCGUCUCCGGCAAAUAGGCAGUGUGUCACUAUGUUGGAGACGUUGAUUGCAACCUGCAUACGUCAAAUGCUAAAAACCACCUCGUCAGUCCGAUAAUUCGAGGCCGUCCACUACGUGAGCAUUUAAUAGGAUUUAAGGAAAAGCGAGGUUGCAUAGGAUUAGGGUAAGUAUGAUGGCAACGGCCUGGCCCUUGCGGGUGACGACAUCCGCCGUGUGCUCCGCGGAGCGGGCGCAGCAUCGGUACCCUGCACGUAAAGUAGUUUAUAGUGAGACAGGCCUGCGUAACAUCUACGCUCUCUGCCUUCCAGCACCAGUACGUUUCGAGGGCAAAACAAUGCCAAUACAACCGGGGGUGGUCUCGGGCGUAGUAGCUAACAAGUCUACGCGCGCCAUACGCAGGCCGAUUCACGAUUCAUGCGUGUCACGCUGCAUUUGAUGAUGAGCCUAAGAUUUUACGUCAUUGGGAAUGCCAUGAAAGCCACAUUAGGAAGGGGUCAUUUCAACGUGAUCCCUAGUUCUGAGGAGGAUCGAGUUAUCACGUUAGUUGGCGACGUCCCUAGCCACAACUUUUAGCAUGUCGUAAAAGGUUCAAACGCGUCAGAGUUGUUGUAGUGAAGAAUGCGUUGAUGUGUCGUGAGGACGGUUUCCCCGAUGUCGGACUGUCACUUUCCUCUCCCAUGCACCAGUCGACUGUCCGAAACUGCAAACGAGCCGGUUGAGAUUUAGCGCUGUGGCUGACAGAGCGGAAGAACCUGUCUACGCCUGCCACACGACCUGGUUCCCUUCUUUAUGAACCAGACUGCACCAAACGACAUGAUUCUCACGUACGCGGGAUAUGUGUGUUCUGACAUGUGACGUUCCGCCCGUUAUACUGGUGCCGGCAGAGUGGGCCGUAUGCAUAUAUCAUAUAUCACAUGUACAGUAUGCGACUUAUCUCAUGAAACGUGCCUGAAUUUGCGAAAGGUUGCCAAUCACUUGCAAGUCGAUACGAACAAAUGGACCGAAGCUUUAGAACAACGAACGACUUUGGGCGAAUUGGAAACAUAAAGAAAAUAUUAUAAUUAAUAUUGCUUUGUUAAGAAAUACCAUUCUGAAAACGUCCGAAUGGUUGUAACUGAGUAAACUUAAGUUUUUGGCCUGUCUCCGCCAAAUGAGGGGCAUUAUAUUUUUGCUGAGCAAUCUUAAAUAGAGGGUGUACCCCGCGUCUAUCUGAUCGCCUAACAAACCAUAUCCUCCUCUCAUGACGUUUACAUUUCUACCCUGCACCCAUCCCAUUAGUUUAAAUCGCAUUUUUGCCGUUUUACUUGUUCGUAUCGUAGUCAUGUUCAUGCCGUUAACCGAAUAUUCUUGUAGACUUUGGUUCCUCUCUCUAGAAAAAAGACGCUAGCACGCCAUAUGGUAACUUAUACUCGCUCAAGCGCAUUAACAAACGGCGUACAUAUUAGUCAGUUGUCCUACCAGUAAUAGCCACUGACAACCUUACUUUUUCCCUCUCUCCGCUCACUGCUCGCUCAAUAUAUGUCUCCAGCGUCACGACCAUCUGCGGUAUUCAGUAAGUGGAUACCGUCGGAUGUCCCGCCGUCGGCCAGGGUCCAUUCUGCGUCUCCGCCAUAACCACCAAAGGGCCUCCACCGUCAACGGUGCCACCAUGUGCAGUCCUGCCGCUGCUUCGUCUACGGGACCUUCUAACCAACUUGAGGAGGCAGGAACUUCUGCGUGUAAUCCCACCGUGGUCGCCAAAGAGGCCAAAUCAGAUGACCUAUCUUCGGCGACUGACGCAACGGCGGUGGCGGCAACAGGCAUCUACGACUACCCUACCGACGAUCCGAUUCAGCCACCGGAGCCAGCCACAACCUCGGAGGGUGGAGGAUUGGAUCUGCCGCCGUCCGGUGACUUCUCUUCCACGCCAAAGGCCGAAUUCUUUCGCACGUGCUCCCUUCCUGAGAGCACCAUUGCGGUGGACCAUGAAUUGCCUCGGCCGACCCUGUCGACACUGUCACUCCACAAGGGUGAACUGGAGGAGGACCAACAUGUCGGGAGUAGGUUGCAUACUUUUGAUGCCUUAUCUGCUGUCUACGACAGUUAAUUCUUGUCACCACCCCGUCCGUGUUUGCGCCUUUCCACCCUUAUGCAUCAGAUGGGCUCGGGGAACCGUAUUAAUAUGUAAUCGUUAUACUUGUCUGAUUUUUUCGUUCUUGUCGUUUCAAUUUCCCCAAAGGUCAUUAGCUUUCAUAUUCGAAAAAUUAAGUGCUCUUCUGCUGCCCUCAUCGGCUCAGGCAUUUGCGCAGCCAAACAGACCAAAUUCUUAGGAGCGAAGUUUUUCUUUUACAGGGUACGCUUGUCUUCAUAUGGCAUUCAAGCUUUCACCCAAAAUCAUCGUUUUUCAUUGGUAGUCUGUGGUGGCUGUCAGUGUACUGCUGACUGCUUAGAGGAACUACAAGCUUCCAGAUCCACAAUGUCCUUUGUUGUAUCGCCGCCGUCGUCAGAAUCAGUGUCGCUGUCCUAUUUAUCGACAAACUCUAUGCAGAUUUGUUGUUGGUCAAGACUUAGUGACUUUGGCUGCAUAUACCUCGCCACAUUUUCUCGUGGACUCUGCAGUGAUUUGGUAUUGCUCUCUUUACUUACGCUUUCUUCAUUUAAAAAUCGUAAUUUUUGCCGUUGUGUGUUGUUAGAUUUAGAGGUUUAGCCUGCAAUUUAUAAACUGCUGUAAGUAUAUUUGCGCCUUCUCUGCUUCCAUCCUAGCCACACCACCCACGUAAAUGUCUCGGAAUUUCUAACUCUCGCUUACUAGUUGCGGAUUCCAACUUUUUGUCUAAUGUCAAAACGUCCGUCAGUGGCAGUUUGGUGUGCAAAUUCUUCGUUUCCUCAGAGACUAUUACAUUAAUUAAGCAUGCAAGCACUCGGCCAGAGUGCUGUUAGUAAAAUCAGCCUUUUACGUUUUGCCGUAUUGCGUGCUUUCUUUGUCUUGUUGACGUGGUUAUUAUUUUCUUCCCGUCAUCUCCGUCUCGUUAAUUAUUCGGUAAGGGUCGAAUAUGCCAACCGCAGUUUUUAUUACUAUGCCAUGCCUGAUUAUUUGAUUUAAGUAGAAGAUCUAUAUUAGGGUUGUGCUUCUCUCUAGGACUGAGAAAAUGACUAAAUUUAUGGUUAGGCCCGUGUUUAAGGUUAUAGUUAGCUCAAAAAUUUGUGUUGGGGUUAACUACCACAUACCAUCUUACACAGUACGGACUUCUUUAACCAGUAACCUUGGGCUACCUGUUUUCCGCCUGUUGACACGCCUCUACUUCGCACAUUUCAAAUUGCGUGAUCUCUUCCGGUACCUUGUUGGAGUAGUAAAACAGACAUAUGGCAGAAGUACGAGUUUUCUUAAUGCCCUUCGCAGAUUCAGUUAACUGCUGCAUUAAUCUGCCCAAUUGAUAAAAAUAAUAUUAAAACCCUUCGCGUAGUUCAGGAGUCUUUAGGUUCUAUCUUAUCAGUGGGUUUACAUAUCCAAUUCUCGUCGUUUAUUCAGAUAGGUUGAUGCAAUGCAUCUUUGGUUACUCCACCGUAGUUCUGAAUCAUAAACACAAACUCUUGCGUAACUUGGAGGCAGUAACUAGUGUCCUGUGCCCCAGAAGCUAUAGUUCGCGGUUCUACCAAAAGUGUCGCCGGAACGUAGAAAAACCCACUGAAGAACCACAAGAAGUUAGAGAUGCACCUGCCCUGUCUUCUGGUCAGAGCAUACUUCGAACCUAUGAAAAAGAGUCCCCGACCUGCAAAUCAGAAUGCUUUCUGAACAUUCUCGACCCUCGUUACUUUACAGUUAUAGUUUGUCACUAUAGUUAUCCUUAGAUUGGCUGCAAUUGCCCGCUAUUUCGGUAACUUAUCCUAUCUUUUUCAGUCACUUUUGACAGGGGUUUAUCCCCUACCUGUAGAGAGCACAUAUUAAUUCAUUCCUUCACGCCGUCUUCUUCUGUGGCUCAGUCUGUAGACCGCGAGAUUCGAAAAACACCUGAGACUACCUAGAUAGCAAAUUGCAUUUCGACUAUGACUUUGCACAGUUUCGAUUGCCACUAUUUCUGCACAAAUGUCGCUUUGCGUGAUCCAAGGAGCUUGCCAAUUCCACUAUGGCCUGGGCUUCGAUGCAUAAUUCGGAGGUCGACAAAUUAAGCAUAAUUUUGAAAAGGUAAAACCGCUGAAGCGAAUCUGGCAGGAUUAAGUGACGCUGGGUUUCCUCCGUAAAGUGCUGUUCCAUUUAAUUACACAUACCCCCCACACCCUACGUGCACGAUUUAAUCCACUCUCCUAACCGUCGGCUGAUGGCUGGUAAACGAACAGUAUAAAAUGAAAUUCCUACAACUCUCGGGUACAGUCGUCAUAAGUCCUACAACACUACCUGCAUUGAUUUUUUGUUGACCCCUCUUGACUAUAUUUGUCUGCCGUAAUUACCGUGCCAUUAUAUGCGCAAACGUUACUGCGGCUGCUGUCCUCACUCCACUGGUCGAGUGCGCAAUUAGCACUCGAUCAGAUUAGUGGUGACAUUUGGCCUUGUACCUUUUAUGACUGCCUAUCACACUCAGUCCCCUUUCUGUUGUUCAUUAUCACUCAAGCCGAUAGCGCCGUGCCGUCAAUGUCGGCUGACGUGCUCUACAGCCCUCCCGCCCAGUCCAACUGGGAGAUUUCAAAGCCUUCGGGAACCCCCUUACCGGCGCCCACUAAGAAGGAGGCCAAAUCCACCCCUGCAGUGGACUCCUCCUGUCUGCUAGUCAGCCUAAAGCCUUCUCUGCAGUCCAACAUUUACGAUGAAAUUCUGCCCCUUUCCCAAGCUGAGUCUGCAGAGAGCAAUUUACAGCCGCGGACGUCGCCACUUUUACGACGCCUUCCUGCUUCGUGCGUUCUUUGUCCUUCUUGCUUAUUAACUUAUACUUUAUCAGCCUCUGAGAGUCACGCACUCGCAAUAUCACUUAGACCACAUGUUUACAAUUUUUGCUGCCUACCCAUACGCAUCUAGUUUGAUGGGCACUUUGAGUUCCGAUAUCGUAGCCACAAACAGUCGUGACCACUUUAAAUAGUCAAAUGGGUGUUUGUUGGGGGCCAACGCAGUAACUCGUUCACAGCGAAAGUUCCAUCGUUACAAACGACGAUCUCCACCGCGUGCCCCAAAGCAUGGCAGACGCAGGGACGGUGACACGGCUGCAUCUACCGCGCCCUCUCCUCCCCUGCCCACCUGACCCCGAUGUCUAGGAGCCAAAAAGACCAGAGGCGGGAUCGGGUGCAGCGACUGACAAGGCUAAACAGUCCAUCUGUAGGGGCCACAUGCGCCUGGUCCGCGCACAAAAGAUGAAAAACUGAAGCAAGAGGGACUCGGAUCCCAGCUGAGUAUGAAUGCCGUAGGGGCCACAUUAAGAAGGAGCCACUGCGAUCUGACUCUCCGUUCUGAGAGUCCUGGGUUAUCCUGUGACCUGGCAGAUUUUCAAGGCGUGGCUUUUAGUGCACUGUGAUAGCUUCAAAGCCCACCAUAUUGGUUAAGGAAGUGAGGAAUAUGCGCUGAGUGCCGUAUGGACGGAGUCCCCAGAGUCGACCUCUCUCUCUCCUCAUUUCCUCUCCCAGGUACCUGUGCACUGUCUGAGCCGGUGAACCAACUGCAGCGGAGAUCGGUUAGUGUGACUGGCAGAUCUGAAACAGCCUGUCUAGACGUGCCACACACGACCUGGCUUCCUACUCUACACACCAGGUCUUCCCCCGUUAUAUCUGUCAUCAUCGCAGUACAAGGGAUAGAUUGAGUGACACCGACAGAAAUUUCCUCGUACAGUUUGGUGCCAACGAGGAGUCAUUCCUUUUCAUGCAGUUAUUUGGACGAAACAGUCGUUUGCCUGUUACUUCAAGUUCACGAUAACUUCUCGCCCUUUAUUUGUGGGGUCUUGCUUGGUGGACCCUCGUUUGCUUUUUCCUCGCCUCUAUUGAUUUAACCCAUAAGAUUUAGAAUUACUUUACCUAUUAGCGUUUUUCCGACCUGUUGAAAAUGAGCAAUAACAUGAGUGCCUGCAUGACUCGUGGUGAUUCCCUGUCAGGCUUUUUGCUCCCCAGCAAUGGUGGCGCCCACGGUGCCACUUUCACUUAAUAAUGCAUGCUUUCGGUCCAAGGCUUUCUUCUGUGUCCAUUCGCAUUGUUUAAACGUAUCGCAUCUUUCACUCUCACCCUUGCAAACCACAGGUUCUUGUUUUGGUAGGGGCUCCCAAAGGCUUAGUCGUCCAUCAAUCGCGUUAUCGUUGGAUAUCCUAUUUUGAUGGACGUUACGUGACUGUAUAUCUGUGCCAUUUGACUGAGCACCUCAUGGUGCGUCACUUUCCACUAUAAGUCCUCAGUGACAGGGUUGUUUUUACUAUCUGCCGAACCACUUGACUUUGUUAUUUGGGAACAAGGGUAAUGUUAUUAUGAGCACCCCUCCUGCGCGGACAAAACCUUUAGGGUUGCCUUCACCACUCGAUCGAUGCCAAAAACUUCGUCAUCAGCGUGUUUACUUUUUGCGAAAGAAGUCCUUAGGGCAUUUGUUAUUAUGACUGCUUUUCGAAUGCGUUUUACAUUGAUGAUUCCACGGGAAGUUAUACAGAAAGUUGUGAUAGGGUCAUUUUAGAAGUUGGCGGUCACUAGCUGCGGUCAAGUGGUCGCUUUCUCGGCACUGGACUGGCACCCGAUUCCGCAUAAGUCAUCAGCUCUCUUUUGGCGUCCUUUCGGACGAUCUCUAAUACGACGGAUACACCAAGUAUUCGUAACUGUAGUCCGGUUGGUGUGUGCAAACUAGUGUAGUCUUGUCACCUCAGACUUUGAUCUGCGCUGCUCACAAGUCAUUUUUUUGAGGACUGCUGGCUUUGUGCAGUUCAUCAAUUAAAUUUUGGCAGUCAUAUAUUCUCUCACGAUUCACUGCUGCAGUGAAAGAAUCGCGUUGCAAAUUUUUCCUAUCCGAACAUUCGUGCGGUCUGAAAGAGGGUAGGCCUCUUUACUCUUUCUCAGGCUUGGCUCCUUCGCAGAGCCUGUACACAGAAAGUUGCGCAAGGGUUGCAUUCACCGACCUUUCCUGACAGCCGGACCGAACGCCAACGGUUGCAUAGUGAUGAGUAAUCAACAAUUAACCGGCCGAUAGGACGUGAGCACCUGGUUCAGUGCACGAAAAAGAUUGGUUCAAAACUUGAGUCUCCCAGGCUUGGGUCUGGUGUGCUACAGAGUUAAGUGGUCACGUGAUCGAAAAAGACUAUCCCAGCCCCUUAGUUCCUCCGCAUAGCUUGCCAAUUUCCUUUUACUUUGAAAGAAGGCAGUGGCCUGCGACUUCUUAAAUCGCUCCGUGUCAUUUCUGUAGGACUUUACUCCAAACCAGUGAUCUGCCUUUGUCAAGUACUUUUGCAGUGACCACUCUGACUUAUUGGACUUUUUAAAUGUCCGAUCUUAGCUCUCCUAAAAUCCGCCGUCUUCUACAGGUCUACAACUUAGUUUUUGUGCGUAGCUGGUGCUUGCUUCUAUUAAGAAGGUUUGGGGCGAAGUGGUUCCAGUCUUUGUUUGAAGCUGACCUCAACUACCCCCUUCUCGCCACUCGCACCCCCCUCUGCUAUCAGCCACAGACCGCAAUAUCGAAGACGUGCCAUCCAUAUGCCUGCGCCUUCCCAACGCCCAUCACCCCGCUCCUCUAGGCACAGUGUCUCUGUUGCCAGCAGUUCUCGUCUCACCAGGAAGAUUGAUGCACAACCCGUGACGCAGGUCCUACAACAGCAACAACAACAGCCCCUCUAUCCGUCUAAGAGUUGUGGCGCUGACUGCAACGCCAGUUCCUCACACGAUGCUGUGCAUCUAUUAGCCCAACCGACCCAGCACCAUCGGAGGCAUCUACGUUCCAGUUUCCGAUUUCCUUUCUUCCCACCAAACGUGCAUUCUCUGGACCAUGUAAGUGCUGAUUCCUCCUAUCGUCUAUCUAGUUUUUAGAAGUUGUUUUUAGACAUAAAAGUAAGUUUUUCAAGGUACUGUCUACUGACAUUCAUGAAACACUGACUUAAGUUCUUAAGUGUGCCUUACAGUGGAAAGUGUUAUCAAGUAAGGUUUUAGUGCCCGUUACCACGAAGCAUAAUCUGAAAUUAAUUGAUUUACUUUGGGAGGCUGGCCCAUGAAUGAACAUUGCAUCAGCCAUUGGUAUAAGCUAUACUCGGAGAGCCAUUAAUUCCCAAGUAGUGUGGAUUUUUCCUCUUGAUUUUCGAUGCUUUAAUAAGAACACAUGCUAUGCGGGUGGUGUUCCGAAACAUACGGGAUUUAGCAGACUCUAUCAAAUCGAAACUUCUGCCUUGCCUUUGCAAAAGACAUGAGUUCAAACAAUACAAGUGUAGGAAACCAAGUGUGCACCACAAGUCCUAGUCAUUAUGACAAUCGUACAUGAUAACAGUUCGGCUGUCGAUUUCUACAAUGUCAACCGUGUGCUCCACAGAUGCGGGAAGGCAGGGAUGGUGAAAUGCACGCAAAUUAGUUUUAGUAAUAGUAACUUUGUUCAGCAUCUGCCGCACGUUCUCCCCCUAACAUGGGCCCGGUCUCAAGAUAGAGUCAAGAAGAUUGGAGGCGGAAGAGGCCGCAUGUGGUCGGCGCGGCCGGGGCCGCCCCUUGGUGUGCCGCCACACCCAGCUCGGACCCUACGGAAUGGGAAUGGCAUAGACGUCACAUUAGGAAGGGGCCACCUGACUCAGCCCACCAGUCCGCCACUCCACACAAACACGCUAAUCCUACAUAACGAGGGUUUUACUAGCUACGUAGUGGCCACUCCCGCCAUAAUGCUGGUUGUUGUGUUGCCAUAAGAAGCAGCCAAUGUUGGCUCGUGACAUGCGUUUGGAAAAUUGUGGGAAGUCGGACUGAGCCCUUAACCAUUGUCUUAUUUGUGUGUUGCACACUUAGACGGGGUCUUCCCGUCACGUCACCUGUUGAGCCCAAGUUCUUUACCUCUUUCCGCGUGUACCGUCCGUGGACUUCUCUUCGUCGACGACUGCGCCUUCAACGCCACCUCCGAAGGAAACAUGCAAAGAAUCAUAGACGUCUUCGCUGUCGCCUGCGACAACUUCGGCCAGGUCAUCCAUCAACACGGAUAAAACGGUGGUCAUGCAUCAACCGCCAUCCGACGCCACCAACGUCGCACCGCAAAUCAACUUGAACGGCGUCCAACUGCAAGUCGUGGACAACUUCACCUACCUGAGCAGCACCUCUCGCACCACCAAGAUCGACGGUGAAGUUGCCCGCCGGAUCUCCAAAGCCAACCAAACCCUCGGUCGUCUGCAGUGCACAGUAUGGAUUCGUUACGGUCUCUACGUCAACAUCAAACUGAAGAUGCACAAGACGGUCAUCCUGCGGACGCUGCUGUAUGGAGCGGACACUCAAUCACUUCCAUCUUCGACGGAUACUAAAUUUGAGAUGGCAGGACCAAAUCCCAGACACGAAUGUACUGGAGUCCUCAGCAUCAGCGCCAUGCUGAGAUAG